GAUUGCUACUCCAGCGACAUCCGGGAUCCGGGCGCGGCCCAGCCCGACGCCGUUCAGGGCCUGCUAAAGCUCAGCGUCCGCACGGUGGUCGGUGGGGACCGCGGCUGGCGGGCCCAAUGCUCAGUGCUUGCGCAUCUCGUUGGUUGCCAAGCAACACCGGUGGUGGGGCUGCUUGCCUGGUUCCUGAAGAAGAAUCCUCUAACAGACACCGUUGCGGGCGUUUUGUCACCCAGGGCCGACAUGGAAGGAGUUUCCGGAGCUUUCCAGUCGGUUCUGGCAGACCUGGAUGACAUCAUCGCGAAGUCCAACAAGGUGAAGACCUCGCUUCAGGAGGGCUUCUCUUCGGGGCACCUUGCACCAGGAGAGGCCCAUCCUGCGAAAGGUCUGGACAAUGAGCACAACGAGGACUUCCUACUUCCCAAGGCCCUGGAGUUGCAUUACCAGAAGAAGAUCGACAUUGCGCUUUCAGCGCCGAGGUUGAAGGAUGCAGGCAAGGCCAAAUCUCUAGACCUUCCGGUCUACUCCCUCUAUGGCGAGUGGGAGAAGUUGAGCCCUUUUGCAGACGAUCCUCUCUCCUACUAUCACCAUUCCCCUGAGAAGUUUCUGCAAAGGCAGGAGACUGUGGGGGGCUUCGGCAAUUCCCUCGGCUUGUCCCUGUCCAAAAACAUAAAACAGAAACAGGGUCGGUUUGUGAUGCUUCCUCACUCCCCCGGCCGGAUCGCUUGGUCUUGCUUUGGGCUUUUGCUUGUCUUGUGGGAUGCGAUCUCCAUUCCACUUUUGGUGAGUUGGGAAAUCUCCAACCUCUUCUUCUUCACAAUGACCAUGAUUGCUAUGAUCUAUUGGUCCAUCGACAUGCUUCUGAGCACCCAAACCGGCUUCUUUGAGGCGGGAGAGCUCAUACUGUCCAGUAGAAGGGCCCUGCUGCACUACUUGAAAAGCUGGUUCCUUUUCGAUGCAACGCUCGUGACCCUAGACUGGGUCAUGCUCUCUUUGGAGGGCCAGGGGACGCAGAGCUUCCUCAUGGGCUCUAAGUUUAUUCGAAUCAUCCGCGUCGUUCGCACACUGCGCCUUAUCCGGCUUCUCAAGCUCAAUGACAUCGUGCGACUUGUGGAAGAGCAGGUGAGCAGCGGAUACACGCAGUCAGUGCAGCUGUUGGCUGCAGUGGUGAAGUCCGUCGUGACGAUCAUGUUUUCGGUGCACCUUCUCGGCUGCUUCUGGUAUUAUGUCGGUCGGACUGAAGUGGAUGCUGGUGACGAAGCCAACUGGCUGCAAGCCUCCGGCUACCAGAACAGUGCCGUGACGGAUCAGUACCUGGCAAGUUGCCACUGGAUUUUGGGCCAGUUCACCCCAGCCCCUAUGAAUAUCCAUGCGCAAAGCAACGCAGAGAGACUCUACAACAUCUUCGUGAUCUUCUUCUCCCUCCUCGUCAUGGGCAGUGCGAUCUCCCGUGUCUCGGCCUCGAUCCAGGCGGCCAUCAAGAUCAAUUCUGAGGCCCAGGAUCGGAGAAGACAGGUCACGCAGUAUCUCAAGGUCAACAAGGUAAGCCAGGAGCUCCAGAUCCGAGUGAUGAGGUUCGUGGACUAUCACCUGUCCCGGCUCAGCUCGGUCCAACUGGACGAGAGCCUGCUUUCAGAAACGCUCGUCGACGAGCUCUACAUGGACCGCCGUGGACCCCUACUAAAAGCCCAUCCGAUGUUCAACUUCUUGUUCGAGGUUUCCCCGAAGGCUGUCACACGGCUCUGUGGUCUUCUGAAGUUGAACAUGUUUGAGGAUGGAGAGUUGAUCUUUGCUCGGUACAGCCAAGCCAAGGGCAUGUAUAUUGCCUGCACAGGCACCUACAUGUUAAGUCUGGGUGGGAAGGACAGCAAAGCCACCGUUGACGGCUUCGAGUUUUAUGCUGAGAUCAGCUUGUUCAUGAAGUUCUCACAUUCCAUGUCGCUCUUGAGCAUCUCGUUCAAUGAUGUGUUCUUUCUCGAUCCCAUGCAGCUGGCAGAUUGCUUAAAGGAUUUCCCAGAGUGCUGUGGGUUCGUAUACCAGUACGCAAAGACGAUGCAGAGUGACCUCCAUACCGGAGCGUUUGGUGCCAACGAUGUGAUUCCCUUGGAGAGUGUACUCUCCCUUUGUGAAAGCACUGAUGCAUACAAAAUUUUGAACAUCUCCGAGCGGAAGACUCUGGAGAAGUUCGUAGUGCCUGCGUGUGACCAGGCAAAGGAGUCCUUCUCUCAGUGGUUGCAGAGGUUCUUGAACAAGACAGAUCCCGAAAAUGUAGCAAGUCGGUACCACAUGCUGGCGGAGCUUUCACACUUCUUCCCAGAGCUCGAAAUGGAGAAUGGCAGCUAUUCGGCAUUCGUGGAUGAGCCUGCCAUUCAUCGAGCUCUAUCCUGCAUGGCUAGUGUUCUCUGGCUGGUCAAGGACAGUUUCGACGAGUUCAGCCGGCCACAGAAGUCCGGGGAUAAGAUGCCCCUGGAGAUGUGGCAACGGCUUCAAGAGUUCGUCCGAUGGACGGGGGUGAGGUCUGACGUGCGCAGCCUCUAUGGGACCUUCGUGCUCAUUGUAGCCAGGGGGUUGUCAAAGUCGAAGCAGCUUCUGUGGCAGUUCCCCGAGAAGCAUCAGCAGCCGGAUGCCGCGGUCACCCACAUGCUGCGAGCCCGCCACAACGUUUUACCCAGUGCUGCUGAGCUGGACUUGGACAUGCGCACCGUCAUGUGCAAGGUGUCAUCCCUUCAUCAGGUCUUUGCUAUUGGCCAGUUCAUGCAAGGGGAGAACACACCCCUGAACAUCCGGAACUUGCAGGAGGAGUUGAAGAUCGAGUCGAAUCCUGCGGUUUUCAAGAUCUUUUUGCUUUCGGAGUUUGCCUCGUUACUCGGGAUCGGAGCAAGCUCCCGUACUUCCGGCUCAAGCUUCCUGAACAAGCGCACGGGUCGAACCGUCAUCAGCAGUUUGCACGCCCUCCAGCAGCUGGAAUCACAGCCCUGUGUAUCCGUAUACUGGAACUACCUCUGUACCUGGGCUCGGACCCUGCAGCUGGCUUUGGAGGAGCCCGCGGACUUUGCCUUCGCCCGCCUGGCAUGCAUCUGUCGGAUGAACGAUCGGAAUCCGAGGCUGAAGCUCUUGUAUCUGAGCUGGGCGAACAUGAACCAAGCGGACAGGGCAGUCUUGACGGACUUCUUUCUGGCAGACGGCAUUCGAAAUCAUGCAUGCGUCUUCAGCUAUUUGCCAGCAUGCUUUGACAAUGCUCAGAAAAAUCCGGCAGUGGGCUUUGCCACUUUUCUAGACCUUUUGGUCGAGCUUGUUGAGAUCGUUUAUAUGCAGAUGGAGUCGAAUGCCACACCGCGCCAGCCAGUCCUCAACCUCUUUGACCUUGCGGCCUUCACGGGCGUUGUUCGCUCACGGAGUGUGUUCUGCUCCUGUCUCGAGCAUACAAAGAUCCUGCACAUGCCGAACGGCGACAUGCAGUUAACGAUGACCAGCAAGAACUGGUCCCGGACGGAAGAAGCCACAGACCAUCCGAUCAGCGUUCCCAGCUCUUUGCGGCAGUUGGUGCGGCGCCAGAACUUGCACUCCAGGAUUGUGAUCGAGGUGCCUUUAAAUCCCACCUCGGAGUCUAUGGCAGAAGAGCACAAUGCCGUAGUAUCCUCGCAGCUAGUGUAA